AUGAAGCUCCGUCACGUGCUCCUGGGCUCCCUGCCUCUCCUGAUACUGGCUGGCUGUGUCAGUGCACUCGAAGCCUCCACCAUCAACCUGCACACCUUCAUUGGCUGCGCUGUGCGUGAGUUCACCUUCCUGGCUAGGAAACCUGGCUGCAAGGGGAUGCGCAUCACCACGGACGCCUGCUGGGGACGCUGCGAGACUUGGGAGAAGCCUGUGCCGGAUCCCCCGUACAUCGAUGCGCACCACCGAGUCUGCACCUACAAUGAGACUAAGCUGGUUACGGUGAAGCUGCCGAAUUGUGCUGCUGCUGUGGAUCCUUCCUACACGUACCCUAUGGCCAUACGGUGUGACUGCGGGGUCUGUGCUACUGCAACUACUGAAUGUGAGACUGUCUGA